AUGUACUCGGCUCUCGACCUCGCCCUUGGCAGGAAGGACUCGAAGGAUACUCCUAACCCUUUCACGUCUGCCCUUGCCACCGCGCGCUUCAUUGAGAACCUGAAUGGUAUGGAGUACCCAGAGGGCAUCAAGGGCCCGAAAGUUGAGCUUAAUACGAACAUGCCGGUAGGCAAGUUUAGAUAUGACCGUGAUUUCUUGUUCCAGUUUAUGAAGGUCUGCACUGAGAAGCCGGAGCGCCUCGCUCCUCUUGAAGGGCUUGGUAUUGACCCCGCCGAGUGGCAGUCCCACAUCAUGUAUCACGGUCGCGGUGGCCGCGGCAGCCGUCACAGUUCUGGUGUAAUGGCUCCCUCAGGCUCGCGCCCCAAUCCUGUUGGUGUCGGUAUCGGCUUUGCCAAGCCUGGUUUUGCAGGUCCCUUCGCUGGGAUGGGCAACUUCUCUACUCCUAGUAGCAAGCUCACCAGCGAGGAGCGUUUCCAACAAUUGCGCUCCGCAUCCGUAGGCACUGGCCCAGGCCACCCCAGUAAGCGCACGCGCAACAAGCGCGGCGAGAAGCGUGGCAACCAGAACAGGGCCCCUAACCCCCAGCAGGACGGCAGCGCGUCUGGUGCCUCUGAUGCCACUGCACUCGCCGACCUUAAGCCUAUCGCAGAGGUCGAGAUCUCCGUGCCCCGUUGGAUCGCGUCAAGCGCUGGGCCAGCAGUUCGACAGGGUGCCGCCGUCGACAUGGAUUCGCCCGAGAUGGUAGACCGUAAGGUCAGAGCGCUGCUGAACAAGCUCACGAUGCAGAACUUCGACUCGAUCUCAGACCAGAUCAUUGCCUGGGCGAACAAGAGCGAGAAGGAGAAGGACGCGCGGACACUCGUCCAUGUCACGCGUCUUGUGUUCGAGAGGGUGAAAGUCGAGGCGGCGUGGAACAGCCUGCACGCGCGUUUGUGUCGCAAGAUGUUGGAGCAGAUCAGCAAAGACGUGUGGGAUGAUGGCAUCAAAGAUUCGGAGGGCAAGCCGAUCGCUGGGGGCCAGUUAUUUCGCAAGUAUCUUCUCAACCGCUGCCAGAAGGAGCUUGAAAGUUGCUGGGGGCCGCGCAAAACCGCCGCGGCCGCGGUUUCGGGCACCAAAGCGACGGACGGGAGGGAAAUCAAAGCUAUGAACGAGAAGGAAGGCGCAACAGACAGGUCACACCUGUCUUGGAAUGAACUUUACACUGCACAGAAGGCAAGACAACAGGGCCUCGGUCUCAUCAAGUUCCUUGGAGAGCUGUUCAAGUUGCAGAUGCUUACGGAGCGGAUUAUGCACGAGUAUGUGAAGAAGCUGCUCGGCAACGUGGAGAACCCCAAGGAGGAUGAGAUCGAGGGCUUGUGCCAACUGCUCACGACGGUCGGCCAGAUCUUGGAUACGCCCAAGGCAAAGGCGCACAUGGAUGUGUAUUUCCAGCGCAUGAAGGAGCUUGCGAGAAACGGGAAAGUGAACUUGCGCGUGCAGUUCGUGCUCAUGGAUGUCAUCGAGUUGCGCGAACGCAAGUGGGCUAGUCGCAAAGCUGUCGCUCGCGGAUUCAACCACGACACCGGACAUCUCGGAGGCUGCUCAGCUGCUGGCAAUGGUAGGCCUGCUCGUCCACCUCCCAAGGUUGGCGACCUAUCGCAGUUCGCCAAGGUCUCCAAGCAGCAACCUCUUCAAACCUUCGGCCCGAGCAGCGUGUUCAAGAAGAACACAGCCAAGCAGGAGACCAACUUGCGGACCAGCUCGUCCUCUAACAUGUUCCGGAUGCUCAGUCAGAACUCGGAUCCUUCCGAGGCCGCCACCAAGGAGGCGAGCAGCCGCCCUUCACGAAAUCUGCCCGUAAAUAUCGGCACGGAUGGUGCUCCCGAGCCGCGCAAGAAGGUGCAGCUCUUGCCGCGAGUGAAGCAGAGCAUUCCCGUAGUGACGGAAGACGAGUCCGAGACGACUGCCAAAGGUCCUCUUUGA